AUGGAAAUCACAUUAACAGCCACAAUUUUUAGUUUAUUUGGAUGGAAUGUUUAUUUGUUGAUCAAAAAAUACAGGGAAAGGCUAAGAUAAAACUUCUUGCAUAAUCUAAUUGAUUAAGAGUCUGAUAAUCUAAUUAAGAAUGUAGCGCCAUACAAAAAAAUUAAAGCAAACGAAUAAAGCGAAAAAGUAGUCAAGAAAACUUAGUUAGAAGAGGCAGAAUCAAGUUCAGAUGAUAAUGAACUUAUUUAAUAUAGAAGAAGCAAGACAAUCUUAGAUGAAGUACGAUAAGAAAAUUUUCAAGAGCAAUGUUAUAUUUAAAAUUCCACAUACUUUGAUAUAAUCAAUGGUCCUUGUAGGAAAGAUCGAAGAUAGAAUAGACAUAAUAAAGACUUUUCAUUCACAACUUAGAACUAGGAUUCUAAGCAGAUGAAAAAAUUCAGAAAAAACUCAAAAAUUUAUAUUGAUGAUUCGUUACCAUUUGAGAGUCCAAAAAAAACUAAUAAGAACUCUAGCAAUAAGGUAUCUGAGAAAAAGAUAAACUAAUUUGAUUUUUCAGGUUUAAAAGAUCAAUUCGAUACUUAGGAUCAAUAGUAAGAUCAAUAGUAGGAACUUACAAAAUGUGUUACUGAUUUAGCCUCUCAAUUUGAAUUGAAACAAGAUAAUUAAAACUAAGAAGGGAAUACAAACCCUUUAUAGUUUUCUUUAUAGCCUGAAAAAGCAAAUGAUGAAGUAAAAGAAUAAUCAAAUUAAUAAUAAGGGGAAACUGUAAAUAUUUUUGGUAAGUUCAUAACUUAAGCACCACCUUAGUUGAAGGAUAAAUAGUAAUAAGAAUAAAAAUAAUUAUCACCUUAACCUUAACCUUUAUAAUAAGAGCCAGCAAAGAAUAAUUUUGGAUUAUUUUCAAAUUUAUUGAAUACUACAAAUCCUAAUCCUGAUGUAGUUACAGAUAAAAUAGUAUAACCUGUUUAAAUAAAUCAAAUGCCUUAAGUUUAAAUACAAAAUCUGAAUAACGGGUUUUAAUUGAAGAUUAAUGAAUAAAAUUAACCUUAAUAAUAAUAAUAAAAUACAUCUCUUUUUUAGAAUUUAGGUCAAAUCAAUAAUAAUUAAAUCCCUAUUUUCAAUCUUAAUAAUUAAAAUCAAGAUAGUAUAAAUAAAAAUGGCAGUGCUGAUAUCAAAUAAUCUAGUGCUAUUUAAAAUACUACACCAUCAAGCUUCACUUUUGGAGUUAACUCAAAUAUUUAAACAAAUUCAUAAGGUGGAUUAUUUGAUAAUUUGCUCAAUAAAAAUGGUGGUUUAUUUGGAAAUUAAACAACUUCAUCUUACAUUAGUCAAGACUAAAUUAAUAAUAAACCAAAUUUAUUUUCAUCACAACCUUAACAAACUUAAAGUAAUUUAAUUUAACCUUAACCUAAUACUGGGAGUACUUUAUUUGGCAACAUCCUUUCUGGGCAAUAACCAAAAGAAUAAAACCAAUAAAGUUAAACAGGAGGCCUAUUUAAUUUUAGUUCGAAUACUCAAGUUGGAAGUGGAUUAUUCGGAAAUUUGUUAAAGAGCUGA